GCAUUAAACAGAGACACAGCACUGAAGUACUUCCCCAUGUACUUCAGGUACUAUUAGAAACAUACAGCAUUAAACAGAGACACAGCACUGAAGUACUUCCUCAUGUACUUCAUGUACUAUUAGAAACAUACAGCAUUAAACAGAGACACAGCACUGAAGUACUUCCUCAUGUACUUCAUGUACUAUUAGAAACAUACAGCAUUAAACAGAGACACAGCACUGAAGUACUUCCUCAUGUACUUCAUGUACUAUUAGAAACAUACAGCAUUAAACAGAGACACAGCACUGAAGUACUUCCUCAUGUACUUCAUGUACUAUUAGAAACAUACAGCAUUAAACAGAGACACAGCACUGAAGUACUUCCCCAUGUACUUCAUGUACUAUUAGAAACAUACAGCAUUAAACAGAGACACAGCACUGAAGUACUUCCCCAUGUACUUCAGGUACUAUUAGAAACAUACAGCAUUAAACAGAGACACAGCACUGAAGUACUUCCCCAUGUACUUCAUGUACUAUUAGAAACAUACAGCAUUAAACAGAGACACAGCACUGAAGUACUUCCUCAUGUACUUCAUGUACUAUUAGAAACAUACAGCAUUAAACAGAGACACAGCACUGAAGUACUUCCUCAUGUACUUCAUGUACUAUUAGAAACAUACAGCAUUAAACAGAGACACAGCACUGAAGUACUUCCUCAUGUACUUCAUGUACUAUUAGAAACAUACAGCAUUAAACAGAGACACAGCACUGAAGUACUUCCUCAUAAUAACCAAUAACUGACAGGUGUUGGUAUAAUAAAGUACCACGCACAGUACACAGAGUACACAGAUCAGUAGUAUGAUCAUAGUAUCAGUGAGUACUGAUGAAGCGGUCUCUGACGGAGAAUCAGCAGUACUUUAACUGCAAACACUGCAGUACAUUUACUCAGUAAUACCUGAACGAACAGCUGAUCCCGUCACGUUAUCGAUCCUCAUCUUCGGCAGAGCUCCCGUCAUCCCGCUGCAGGCCGGUUGCCAUGGAAACGCGGGCUCCCUCCGACGGCCGCGCGCCGCAGUGAGGAGAGACGGUGAGUCACCGAGACCAGCAGGGACCAGCAGGGACCAGCAGGGACCGGGACUGGCGACCCGCAGACCCGAGACGGACCGGACCGGACCUGCGGUUAGCCUGUUAGCUUCCCCGCGCCGUCGGUCAGAGGCGCGCGACGACGACGGACUGUUAAUGAGACUGAUGACGCUCCGGUACCGCAGUGUUGCUCAACCUGAGGCUCCGGUACCGCAGUGUUGCUCAACCUGAGAGACUGUUGCUGCAGCGCUGCUCCGGUCUGACGGAGAGCAACUACAGGUAGGGCAACUAGCAACAGACUGGGAUGUCUGACGGCAACCAUGUUGCUUCAACCUGACAGAGAACACAGCAAGUACACAUAAGCAACCAGGCCACCGACCAACCAGGCAACUGCAGUGUUGCUUCAACCAGAGAGAGAGAAUACAGCAACUACAGCAACCAGCGGAGCAACUUGGAAAUACACUGUUGCUGUUUAACAACCAGCGUGUAGACAGCAACUCAACCUGCAACUACAGCAACCAGCAACUCCCCCUCCAUCAUCCAGCAGAUGGACGUGCUCUCAGACUGUCAGAUUGAUCAGCUGAUCUGGAGUCAGUCAGGUGAUGGCCUCAGGUUGAGUUAAGCUCCGCCCACAGCUGCCCCCCCCCCAUCCUUGUUCAGGGGAAGACAACGGCCAAUAGGAUGAGCCAGCUGAAGGAGGCGGAGCCUGGCCGGGAGAUGGAAGGCAAGGUGCAGACCUGGGCUCAGUCUCUGGUUUACACUCUGGAGGAACUGGAGUGUAAAAUCUGCUACAACCGCUACGACACCCGCAGCCGGAAGCCCAAACUCCUGGGCUGUCUGCACCGAGUCUGCGCCAAGUGUCUGAAGAAGAUGGUCGACAUGGGUGAGUCCUCACCUUCCAUCAUCAGCUGUCCGUUCUGUCGCCACGAGACCUACGUCCCUGACGAGGAGGUCUGGCUGAUGGAGGACGACCGACACAUCCUGGCUGUUCUGUCGUGUCAGGACCGAGCCCGCCGAGGAGGAGGAGGAGGCGGAGGAGGCGGCGGUGGCGGCGGUGGCGGCGGAGGCGGCGGCGAGGGGGAGGUGGUCCUGAGUCCCAGCAGUCUGAGCGGAGGCAGCGGCGGCGGCGUGGAGUCGUCUCACCGCUCCUCAGACUGCCUGGUCAUCACCAUCAUGGAGCUCCCAGAGGAGUCUCCGUCCUCUGACUCACUGAGCACGCUCAAUGUGGUGGGUCUGUACCGCCCCCCCAGCCUGGACUCGCUGCCCUGCAACCUGCCAGCUCAGAAGUGUCGCGCCUGGACGUCCCGCAGCUUCCCCCGCUGCCUGCUGGGGGCGCUCUGCCUGGUGUACUUCAGCUCUCUGCCUCUGGGGAUCUACCUGCUGAUGAUUGGUCAGCUGUGGCUGGGCGUGGUCCUGGUCAGCCUGGUUCCCUCCACGCUGCUGCUGCUCGUCCUCUACGGCUUCUGUCAGUGUCUCUGCCACGAGCUGAUGGAGGCGCUCGCCGCACGCCGUACGCACACGUUGCCAUGAUGACCACCACCACAGUCACCAAACAAACAACCGGUACAGCUAACCUGUCACUCAUCUGUAGACCGACCCAUCAGACACUGACACACCUGUCCGCUCUGACCCCGCCCCCCUCUGAAUACCAGCAUAACCCCCGUCAAGCUACAGCCAAUCAGACGGAGGCUGAGUCUGUCUCUCUCUGUGGCGUUUUACUGUGAAGGUUUCUCGUUGUCGCCUCUUGCAGGACGAACUGGUGAAUCACAGCUGAUGUCAGUGGACUCCUGCCAGCCAAUCAGAGAAGCUGCAGCACAGACUGACACAAACGAUCAAUAACUAAUUAACCACAUCAAUGUUCAGUAUGUGUGAAACCUGUUUUUGUCAAUGCUGAUAUUUAUUAAAGCCUCUCGUUGUCCGUU